AUGGCAGAACCUUAUAAAUCACGUGUACAUCAAUUGUUACAAGGCGGUAUUCGAUCAACGAAGAAUUACUUAUCUGAACGUGUGGAUGCACGUUCAAUCGUUGAGCAAGCACAACGGAAUGUAAGAGAUUUCGCUCGUAAAGCUGAACAGCGGUUGCAGGAAGCGACAGGUCGAAAAGAACAGCAAGAUAAAAACAUGGGAAAUUGUGUUUAUUCUGAUCGUGCAACACCGUCGACCAAAAUUCAACAAACUCCGGGAUCUAAUAUCAUGCACAACCGUAAUCUACGUUCACCUUCAGCAAACUCCUCUGUUCUAUUGCCAAUCGUUAUUCAACAACCUACUGUGUCACCACCCGGUUCACCUCUUUCGACACCAAUCACAUCGACACGUCAUAAAUCAAAUUCGAAUCACCUCGCCAUCCGGACGCCAUCCUCCUCUGGUGUUUCAAGUGCAUCGUCAUCUACAACUUCAGCAGUCAUUUCUCGAUCAACUAAUGACAGUGGUCGUUUUCAAUAUGUUACAAUAUUUGAUUACGACGCACGAACAACGGAUGAUUUAACUAUACGAAAAAGUGAUUUACUCGAAAUACUUUAUCGAAAAGAUGCAAGUUGGUGGAUGGCGAGAAAUGAACAUGGACAGGAAGGUUGGAUACCAUCAAAUCAUGUUGCUAAACGAGAUAGUUUAGAAUCAGAACCAUGGUAUUUCAAAUCCAUACGUCGUAUUGAUGCGGAAAAACAACUGAUGUCUGAUGUUAAUAGCCAUGGAAGUUUUCUUAUUCGCGACAGUGAAACGAGACGCACGGAUUUUUCACUGUCAGUGCGAGAUUAUGAUUCGAUCAAACACUAUCGAAUUAUACAAGGAGGAGAUCGACAGUUAUACAUCGCACGUCGCAUAACGUUCAAAUCAUUAUCUGAUCUUGUUGCACACUAUUCCCAAAUUCCAGACGGCCUAUGUGUUAAUCUAAGAAAGCCUUGUGUACAUAUCGUCAAACCUGAACCAGAUGGUUUAUCACAUAAUCUCGUUGAUAAAUGGGAAAUAGAUCGUAAUGAUUUGAAAACGAUUCGCCGCCUUGGUAAUGGACAAUUUGGUGACGUUUGGGAAGGUCUAUGGAAUAAUCGAAUGCCCGUCGCAAUCAAAACCUUAAAACCAGGUUCGAUGAACCCAACAGAUUUUCUUGCCGAAGCUCAAAUAAUGAAACAACUUAAACAUCCAAAUUUAAUUCAACUGUACGCUGUAUGUACUUUGAAAGAACCGAUCUAUAUAGUAACCGAAUUAAUGCGAAACGGAAGUCUGUUGGAAUAUCUACAAAGUCCACAUGGACGACAGUUGAAAAUAUCAGUAUUAAUCUAUAUCGCCACACAAAUCGCACGCGGAAUGGCGUAUCUAGAACAACAAAACUACAUUCAUCGAGAUCUUGCUGCUCGAAACGUGCUCGUCGGUGAGAAUAAUACAGUGAAAAUAGCUGAUUUCGGUCUAGCAAGAAUCAUUAAAGAAUAUACCGGAGGUAUGUACGAAGCAAAAGAAGGCACAAAAUUCCCUAUUAAAUGGACUGCGCCCGAAGCAGCACUUUACAAUCGAUUUACCAUCAAGAGCGAUGUAUGGUCAUAUGGAAUUUUAUUGACCGAAUUAGUUACAUAUGGCCGUACACCAUAUCCGGGUAUGACCAAUGCUGAAGUACUUCGGCAAGUUGAACACGGUUAUCGAUUGCCUCAACCACCAAACUGUCCCGCAUCACUCUAUGCAAUAAUGCACGAAUGUUGGGAUGCUCAACCGGAACAUCGACCAUCAUUUCUUGCGUUGCAAUAUCGUCUAGAAAAUGAGUACUCAGGCGAGAAUCCGGAAUUUAGCAAUUAG